UCCUAUGGGUCACCCUAUGGGCCCCAGGUAUAAGUAGUGCACCAUAUAGGGAAUAGGGUGCCAUUUGGACCUAACAAAGGGUUUGUCAUCAGGUAUUGUCAUAUAUAGGGGCCCUGAGGACCGGGGGAACAGUAUUCUAGACGGACCACCACACAGAGAGGAGAGAGAUGAAGCUACUACAUAUCCUCUGCUUCUGCCUGGCUGUCCUCGCCUCCACUUGGGCUGAGACAGGAGGGGUUGGGAGACAUAGGAAUGGUGGUAUUAAACGACCCAAGACCCCCUGUGAGCGUGCAAGAGAUGCUGUGAAAUAUGGCAUAAUUGGAGCCUUCAUCCCCACGUGUGAUGACGAUGGAGAAUACAUUCCUGAGCAAUGUUCAGGCUCUACAGGUUACUGUUGGUGUGUGAACAGUUCUGGACAGAAGAUCCUGGGUACUGAGACUCUACCAGGCACUGCUAGAAUCAACUGUACCACCCAGAAUGGUAUGAUACGAACCAAGACCCCCUGUGAGAUUGCUAGAGAUACUGCAAUGAAAAAAGUUGGAUUUGGAGUGUACGUCCCCACGUGUGACAACGAUGGACAAUACACCCCUGAGCAAUGCUGGGCCUCUACAGGUUACUGUUGGUGUGUGAACAGUUCUGGACAGAAGGUCCCGGGUACUGAGACUCCACCAGGCACUGCUAGAAUCAACUGUGCCACCUGGUUAAUAUGUGGACAGAGAUGAAAGGAGUUGGAGCGAAGACAUUGGAAUGACUUUGACAGUUGUCUUUACUGUACUACAGGACCUGAUUCACAUUCUAUACAAAUAAAUGAAGACAUCCAGAGAUGAAA